AUGCCCAUCGUCCCAGAACACUACAACCACGGCAACCAAGCCUUUCUCCAGGCGUUUCUCGCCCGCGGCACCCUUACGUUUGAAGAGGCCCAGUCCAUUCUGGCAGCCAUUUUCACGAUCGAGGCCGAAGAUGGCGAGGAAGUCACGCCCGACCAGGUCACUAGAGACGACUUUGACUCGUACGUGAGCGCGGCCGCCGAAGCCGUGUCCUUCUUCGACUACGAAAUCCGCAGCACCGUCCACCAAGUGUCUAAGAAGCGCAUAUACGCCCUCGUCAACACCGCCUCCGACCCGAUGACACAGCUGGCGACGACCUACAAUGCCGAGCAAAUAGCUUUCAUUAAGAGACUGCUGGACGCCCUGUUCGAGACCUAUAACUCGCAACGCAUGGAAGUCAUGGCUAUCACUGACAUGCAAGCGAUCAAGCUCGCUCGGCCCCCGCGGCAGAACAACAAUGACGAGAAUGGCGAGGCGGCGACGCAGUCUGCUGCAGACAAGGGAUUGAAACACAGCGAGGUGGAGGACAUGCUCGUGAAUCUGGUGAACCAGGGCUGGCUGGAGAAGUCCAGAGACGGUUUCUACACUCUCAGCCCGCGGGGGCUGCUCGAGCUUAGGGGAAUGCUCGUCGACUCAUACAAUGACCCAGACGCGGCGGCGGAGGAGUGGCAGCGCAUCAAGUUCUGCGAGGCGUGUAAGGAGGUCGUCACCAUUGGGCAGAGAUGCACGAAUGUCGACUGCAACGCGCGGCUGCACGAUACCUGCGAGGGGGCAUACUGGCGCACACAACGCAGUCAGAAAUGUCCACGAUGCUCGAAGGACUGGGACGGCGGGCUGUUCGUCGGCGAGAAGGCCGUAACCAGCACAGAGGCCUACCAGAGGGGCCGCCGGAGAAGUGGUCCCAGUGGGCGCAAGAGUAAUGCGGCAGACGAGUCCAUGCAGGAAAACGGGGCAGGCGGAGAGAGCGAGGAGGACUCGGAGUGA